GUGAAAGAUCCCACAGCAGUUGAACGAGCAAAUUUAUUGAAUAUGGCUAAACUGAGUAUUAAAGGACUCAUUGAAUCUGCUCUGAGCUUUGGACGAACCCUUGAUUCUGAUUACCCACCUUUGCAACAGUUCUUUGUUGUUAUGGAGCAUUGCCUGAAACAUGGCCUUAAAGUAAGAAAAUCUUUUCUAAGCUACAAUAAAACCAUAUGGGGCCCUUUGGAGCUUGUAGAGAAACUGUACCCAGAAGCUGAGGAGAUUGCUGCCAGUGUGCGAGACUUACCUGGUCUCAAGACUCCAUUGGGACGUGCUCGGGCUUGGUUACGACUGGCACUGAUGCAAAAAAAGAUGGCAGACUAUCUACGAUGUCUUAUCAUUCGGAGAGACCUUCUUAGUGAAUUUUAUGAAUAUCAUGCCCUGAUGAUGGAAGAAGAAGGAGUCGUCAUUGUUGGGUUGCUUGUUGGCUUAAAUGUAAUAGACGCCAACCUGUGUGUGAAAGGAGAAGACUUGGAUUCACAAGUCGGUGUGAUUGAUUUCUCUAUGUAUUUGAAGAAUGAAGAUGAUAUUGAAAGCAAAGAAAGAAAUGACCAUAUUGCUGCUAUAUUGGAUCAAAAGAAUUAUGUUGAGGAAUUAAACCGACAGCUGAAUGGCACAGUCAGCAGCCUCCAUGCACGCGUUGAUUCGCUGGAGAAGUCAAACACUAAGCUAAUUGAAGAGUUAGCAAUAGCCAAAAAUAACAUCAUCAAACUUCAAGAAGAAAACCAUCACUUAAGAAGCGAGAAUACACUCAUUUUAAUGAAAACACAGCAGCAUCUAGAGGUGAACAAAGUGGAUGCUGACGCAGAACUCCAGACUUACAAACACUCCAGACAGAGCCUGGAUGAAAUGUACAAUGAAGCACACAGGCAGCUUCGGGAAGAAUCACAGUUGAGACAAGAUAUAGAGAAUGAACUGAUGGUCCAAGUUAGUAUGAAGCAUGAGAUAGAGCUUGCAAUGAAGUUGCUGGAGAAAGAUAUACAUGAAAAACAAGAUACACUUAUAAGUCUGCGGCAACAACUGGAGGAAGUCAAAGCAAUAAAUGUAGAAAUGUACCAAAAAUUGCAGGGAUCUGAUGAUGCCCUGAAAGAGAAGAAUGAAAUUAUUGGUCGUCUGGAGGAUAAAACUAAUCAGAUCUCUGCAACUAUGAAGCAACUUGAGCAAAGAUUGCAGCAAGCCGAGAAGGCUCAAAUGGAGGCAGAGAAUGAGGACAAGAGAUUUAAGCAAGACUAUAUGAGUAAAUCUGAAAGUCUACAGAAAGAAAUCACCCAAAAGGAGAAACAAUUGGGUCAGCUAGAGACAGAUUUGAAAAUAGAAAGAGAAUGGCGACAAACCAUGGAAGAAGACAUUAAAAAGGAAAAAGCAACAUCAUCUUCCUUGAAGACAGAGACCCAGCAAAUCAUUCCACUUAAAAAAGAAUUCCUAAAAUUACAAGAAAAAAACAAGCAGUUGAAAAAUCUAUGCCACGACCAAGAAGAAGCUCUCCAAGAACUAGCCGGCAAACUGAGCGAGUCAAAGCUUAAAAUAGAAGAUAUUAAAGAAGCAAACAAAACAUUGCAGGGGCAGGUCUGGCUAAAGGAUAAAGAAGCUACUCACUGCAAAUUAUGUGAAAAGGAGUUUUCUCUAUCCAAAAGAAAGCAUCACUGUAGGAACUGUGGUGAAAUUUUCUGUAAUGCCUGCUCUGACAACGAACUGCCUUUACCAUCCUCGCCAAAGCCCGUACGAGUCUGUGAUUCCUGUCAUGCGUUGCUCAUACAGAGGUGCUCUUCUAAUGUGCCAUGAGCGUCAUUUGUGGAUUUACAAAACAUUG